CGCGCGGAGCUCGACGAGGGCAAGGUCCGCCAGCUCCGCGAGAUGUUCGACCACAUGGACAUGGACGGGUCCGGCGACAUCGAGGUCGACGAGGUCGAGCAGGCCAUGAAGUUCGUGCGGGCCCUCAACCCGCAGCACCCCUUCGACCGCGAGAAGAUCCUGCAGACCUUCGAGUACACGGACAGCGACGGCAGCGGCACGCUGAGCUUCGACGAGUUCCUGACGGUCAUGACUUCC